ACCAGGCUGUUUCAGUUAGGCGGUUCGUCUUCUUCUUCUCGAGUCAUUUCCCCUGCUCCAUCAUCAUCCACCCUUUUUCCUACCUGCAACUUCAUCCAUGUUAUCUUUACCCAUUCAGUGCUGCUCUGUUCACGCUCCAUUACUCAGCCUCUUCUUCUCCCUGACCCCAAGGCACCACUCACCUUCCCACCUUCGUCUUCCUUGCACCAACAUAUCUGUGCGCGGCGCCCGUACUGGCGUCUCACUGUUGCUGGAAAAUGAAGAGACUCCCAAGCACCAGCUGCGAACGCUCUUUCCCGGCGGCUUCAAGCGCCCGGAAAUCAAAGUUCCCAAUCUCGUGCUCCAGCUUAACGCCCGAGAUGUUCUCUACGAUGAAACCGCUCUUGAUAAGAUAGACAAUGAGGUAUCAUCUCGGGUCGGCAUAGUUUUGCUCAGUGGAUGUGGGAUGACCGACGGGAGAUUGUACGAGGCUGCUUGCUUGUUGAAGUCAGUCAUCCGGGAAAGAGCCUACUUAUUGGUUGAUGAACGCGUUGAUAUUGCAGCGGCAGUUAAUGCCAGUGGAGUUUUGCUCUCAGAUCAAGGUCUCCCUACCAUUGUGGCUAGGAAUACAAUGCUGGAUGCAAAAUCCAAGUCAGUAGUUCUCCCUUUGGUCGCAAGACUUGUACAAACACCAAAGGCUGCACUUCAAGCAUCGGAUUCUGAAGGGGCUGACUUUAUUAUAUAUAAUGUUGGAGAUAAUAAUAGAUCAGAUGAGGUGGUCAGUUCUGUCUUCGAGACAUUGAAAGUGCCAGUUUUUGUCAUGCUUGAUUCACUUGGAGAAGGGAAGCUAUUCAAUGAAGUUUCAUAUUUCCUUCAAUUAGGAGCUAGUGGUUUGGUUAUAUCUAUGAACGAAUUGAAUCUUAUGAGGAAUGAAGAUUUUAGCCAACUGUUUUGUGGUGCUCAUGCAUUGGAGGAAAGCUACGUGUCUCAAAAGUUUUGUUCUGUUAAUGGAUAUCAGGGAAAGAAAGUGGUGGCCGGCUUCACCAGGUUGCAUGAGAGAGAACAACAGCUUAUUGAAGCCGAGAAGCUUAUCUUGCAUGAAACAAUAAAUGCCAUAAAAACAGCUACUCCGCUGAUGGAAGAGGUCUCACUGCUCUUUGAUGCUGUCUCUCAGCUUGAUGAUCCAUUUUUACUGGUUAUAGUGGGAGAGUUCAACUCUGGAAAAUCAACUUUUAUCAAUGCUCUUCUUGGAGAAAGGUACCUGAAAGAGGGUGUUGUUCCUACAACCAAUGAGAUCACUUCAUUACGCUAUUGCGAGUCAAAUAAUUUACAACAAUGUGAAAGGAAUCCAGAUGGUCAAUAUGUAUGCUAUCUACCUGUACCUAUUCUAAAAGAGAUGAUUAUUGUUGAUACUCCUGGAACUAACGUGAUACUUCAACGACAACAAAGGCUGACUGAGGAAUUCGUCCCUCGUUCAGAUUUGCUUCUUUUUGUUAUGUCUGCUGAUCGACCAUUAACUGAAAGUGAGGUCAAUUUUCUUCGUUACACUCAGCAGUGGAAGAAAAGUAUCAUUUUUGUGCUGAAUAAAUCUGACAUUUACUUGAAUGCGGGUGAGCAAGAUGAAGCUGUCACUUUUAUAAAAGAAAAUAUAAAGAAGGUGCUGAGUACUGAACAUGUGAUCCUGUACCCUGUAUCUUCACGGUGCGCUCUUGAAACUAAGCUUUCAGCUUCUUCUGACAUUCUGAAAGAUAUUAAUGGCCAAUCCUUGGAUGAGUCUCUCUUGAAAUCUGCAAGUUUCUUUGAACUUGAGAGGUACUUGUAUAGCUUUCUGGAUGCCUCAACAAGUACAGGAAUUCAACGAAUGAGACUUAAGCUUGAGACACCGGUUAUCAUUGCAGAGCAGCUGCUUUCAUCCUGCCAAACUUUUGUGAGUGAAGAGUGUGAGAUAGCAAAAAAUGAUUUAUUGUCUGUGAAUGAUCUUAUUGAUGGUGUAAAACACUGGAACAAGAAAAUGGAAAAUGAAAGCUUAUCCUGGAAGACGCAAAUUCUCUCUGUGAUUGACACUACACAGGCACGUAUAGUCCAGCUUUUAGAUAAUACUCUACGGCUUUCGAACCUUGAUCUCGUCACUGGAUAUGUAUUUAGAGGAGAAAAAACUACUCAAAUGCCAGCUACAUUAAUUGUCAAAAAUGACAUAAUUGGUCCAGCAGCUUUUGAAGCAGAAGGGAUGCCAAUGGGUCAAGUGGAAUUGAAAUGAAUAUAUGGAACGGAAUCGGGCCAACUGCCCUAUCUUAUGUUCCCGGGCGUAGCUACUUUUCACAGGGGAAUCAGCUGUGGAGUUGGCGCUGUAUUCUCCGGCAUGGUGGCCUGCAAACAGUAACAUUGGAGGGGAAUGCCAUUGGCAGAAGGAGAACGGAAAGGAUAAAGUGCUUUGGAAGGG